AGUCAAGACACCCCCAAGUGCUAAUCAAAAUGUGCGCGAAAUUCGUAUGUGUAGUGCUGCUGGCCAGCCUUGUGUGCGGCUCCAUGGCCCUUCCCUCCCAGGACAACACCGAGCGGGACUUGGUCAACAUGCUGAACCGACUGGACGGCGAGGAGUCCGUCGCGCUGUUCGGCGGUCUGAGGAUCGACCGAUCGGAGUCGGGCCGUAGCUUCGGUGCAUCCAAGGCCGUCGAGUCCUUCGAGGACCGCGCCGAGCGCUACCUGGAGACCCACGAGCUGAACCUCUCCUUCUCCGGCGAUGAGCAGGACGAGAACGCCGAGAACGAGUACACCGGACGCGCCAUGGAUGAGUCCCGCAGCAAGCGCAUGAAGAAGAUGCUGCUGCCCCUUCUUUUGGCCCUGAAGCUGAAGAAGGCCGUCGUUGUCAAGAUUAUGUUCACCAUCAUCAAGUUCAUCUCGCUGAAGGCUCUGGCCAUCUCCUUCCUGGCCCUCAUCCUGGCUGGUGCCACCUUCUUCAAGGAUCUGCUGGCCAAGAAGAAGGAACACAUCACCACUGCCUACAUCACCGGCAGCCCACUGAACGCCGACAUCGUGCACUCCGACUGGAGCCGCAAUGGUCAGGCAGGAGCCGCCGAUCUGGCCUACAACCACUAUGGUCUGGCCCAGCCCUUCUAAGCCGGAAAACGCCCACCGAUCCAUCCAUCCCACUCUGUUCUAGCCUCAAUCUUUCACCUGCUAUAUCUUACCCUACCAAAGCGACUCCCUUCUUCAACUUCCUCCCACUUCAUCCCCAUUUCCACAACCUAUCCCUCUAAGACUUUCCUGAAGAAUGGCCUAAUUCGUAGUCAAUAAUUAUUUAGUUACAUUUAGUUAGUUAGCUGCGACAUACCAAAAAAAAUCACAAAAAAAGAGAACUAUUGAAACGGUCCCUCGACUCUUGGCUAGCCCAAAGGACAAUGCUUAAGGAUACUACGGCCAAUCAAUGAUUGCGCCAUAUUUAUUGCACAUUUCCACAUCCACAUGUCUCUUAGCGGUCGUACAUGUCA